AUGUCUCUUUACCAUGAGGCAGCAGAAAUCCUGUCCUCGUCAUCGAAUUCGAGUGGGAGCUUGAAAUCGCGAGUGUUUGGCAAAAAGAACGGCAAAGCGCCACCGGGCCAGCUGUAUGCUCUCGUGCUGGAGAGUGCAAAAUGGAGUCCAGUGUUGAAGGAGGUUAUUGAAAAGACUGAGCUACUGAAAUUGGAGCGAAAGCUCACGCCUACAUUAGCUUUACUGCUGGUACAUGAUUUACUGCUCGCGAAGAAAGGGAUUGCGCUGCCGCAGAGCCAUGGACUGAGGGCAUCAAUUGAGCGUCACAAGGGACGGCUGAGUUCAGAACUGACGCUGGCGAGGCUAAGGAGAAAGGCCCCGACAAUAGACGCUUUGAGAGAACAGGUUGAAAGAGCGGCUGCUGGAGAAGAAGCCAAUUACCCGCGGUGGGUGCGUGUCAACGCCCUCAAGAGCAGCGUGGAAGAGCAGCUGGAGACGACCUUUUCAAAGCACACUAGAGCCGAGAGCAUACAAGACAUUGUUACAAAGUCAGGCAGGCAUAUUUACAUUGACCCUCAUGUGCCGAAUCUGCUUGCUAUUUCUCCAGGGAUGGAGUUUGCCAAGGUAGAGGCGUACACGUCGGGAAAGAUCAUUCUACAAGACAAGGCGUCUUGUUUUCCGGCCUAUCUGCUGGAUCCGCGGUCUGAGGAUGGGGAUGUUAUCGAUGCCUGUGCGGCGCCGGGAAAUAAGACUACGCAUCUGGCUGCCAUUAUUCACGAACAUCGGCCUGGCUUUGAAGAUGCGCCUCAGACGAUUUAUGCCUUUGAGAAGGAUUCGAGAAGAGCUCAGACGCUGGAGAAGAUGGUCAAGAUUGCGGGAUCAAAGGAUGUAACGCGCAUAGGGUUCGGGCAGGAUUUUCUACAGGUUGACCCCAUGGCUGAAAACUACAAGGAUGUGGGAGCUCUACUGCUGGAUCCGAGUUGUUCGGGUAGUGGCAUCGUAGGUCGCGAUUCGAUGCCCGAGUUACACCUCCCCGAUUCGCCGGCAGAUGGCCGUGGCGGUGGCAAGGGAAAGCCGAGCGCAGCCAAUGCGAACAAGAAAAAGAGGAGCCACGAUGAAAUUGAGGAGCGUGCGCAGAACGUCUUGGUGGAUGACGACGGAAACGAGACGGUGGUGAAGUCGGAAAAGGACCUGGAAGCUCGACUUGAGGCACUCUCGGCAUUCCAACUAACACUGCUGCAACAUGCGUUUCGCUUUCCUCGAGCUAAGAAGAUUACCUACUCUACAUGCUCAGUUCACUCACAAGAGAAUGAAAGAGUCGUCAUUCGAGCCCUGGCAUCGGACAUUGCCAAAGCGAAAGGGUGGCGUAUCCUACGGAGAGAAGAUCAGGUAAGCGGCAUGAGAGACUGGCCCGUCCGGGGAUUGGUCGAGGCCGCGGAGGGUGACGAGAUUGUUGCCGACGCAUGCAUACGGUCGUAUAAGGGGGAUGGCAGAGGGGUGAUGGGGUUCUUUGUUGCUGGGUUCGUGCGGGAUUCGAUUGACGAUAGCGAUGCAUUAGGGGCUACAGCUGCUAUUGAUGCCGACGGGGAUAAUGAAGGGGAGGGUCCAUAUCUCCGCGACGAUGAUGGGCGGAUUUUGCGGGAUGUUGUUGGGAUGCCGGUGCUGAAGUCCACGGGGGUGGCUGUUUCGCUCCGUGGGGUGGAUGAAGGGAAGGGAGAUGAAGAUGAAGACGAGGAGGAGGAGGAGGAGGAGGAGGAGGAUUCUGGGACUGGCAGCGAGGACGAAUGGGGAGGCAUUAGCGAUGCAUAA